CAUUGGAUGCUUCUAGUUAUUUCUGUUCGAUUAAGAAAAGUCUAUGUAUUAGACUCCAUUGCAUUAAGUGAUCGCGAGUUUGCGAUUAAGGCCACAUUGAAUGUGGCAUUUCGAUCGGUUGAAACUUUAGGAGGGAGAAGACCUAAAAACAACGUUGAUUGGGUUCACAUUGAGUGUCCUCAACAACCGGGUGGUGUGGAGUGCGGGUAUUAUGUGAUGAGAUUCAUGUAUGAAAUAUGCACUCAAUGUUGGGAUUCUGAUGAUUUAGAUAUGGAAUUAUUCUUUAAUAGAAAGCCUUAUUCAGAAGCGCAAAUUGAUGAGGUUCGUGAGAUUUGGUCUAAAUAUUUUACCGAAGAAUGCAUAUAAAUUUUUGAACUAUGAA